AUGACAACUCGCGACUUGGUCUUUGUCGAUGGCCUCUCCUGGACCAAAGCAGACAAGAAAAUCCAGAUAUCAAAAGUCAGAGCUCAUGCCAGGACCAUCGGGGUGAGGACGCGCGAAUCGCGAACGCUGGCUAGUCCUGUGACGAAGUGCGUUCGCCAGCUGCGGAAGAAGGCACCGUUUCCCUCUGUUGCUCACGAACGUUCAUCGUGUCCGUGGAGUCCUGCCGCACACGUAGAACUAGAAGGCUCGGAUCACAAGGCCCAAGAGAAACUGUCUCUGGUUCUCUUGGGAUCACACAUGAAGCCGUUGGAGAGCCGAUCCGAAAAUACGUCAACACCUUCUGAUACAGAGUUCGACAGCAGCCAGAACGCCUACCAGACCGAAGUUGUCGUUUUGGAUCCAGACCCAUAUUUGCGUGGAUAUCGAAAAGACCCUUUCAAUCCUAUCCCAGAGAACUCUUGCCUGGAUGCCUUGGAUUUUUACACUCAGCAUUAUGUCCCAAACAACGCUCCGCUCUAUGAGGUCUUCAACAUCACCAACAUAUACAACCGCUUUCCCCUGUUACUUUUGCAGCAUGGCUUGUCUAUGCAUGCAGGACUGUGCAAUCUUCUCUACCAAUUUGAGUUCUUUUUGGAUCCAGCUGCAAAGCCAUCCCAGCGGGUAUACACUCAUUUAGGGAGGGCGUUGGCAAACUUGAGACGGGAAAUCAAAACCAACGGGACCCUACCCAAAGACAUCUCCACCGUCCUCGUCAUGAAUCUUGCCGUUAGUGCACGAUCGCUUGGGGAUCGAGAAGCGCAUGAGAUGCAUAAGGAACAGCUGCGUUUGAUGAUCCAGGCCAAAGGAGGGCUCGACCAACUUGGCCACGGAGGAUUGGAAAAGUGUAUGAUGCUUCAGUGGGAGGGAAUGUGGUGUUGGACGGAUGGCCGAAGUCCAACGAUAUUUCCUGGCGCUCGACUCAAUCCAAGUGCAGAACGAUAUCCCCAAUACCCAUUUGACGAAGACAUACGUGGACUCGUCAACCAGCUGCCAGGAGGAUUCCAGGACCUCGCGGAGCUAGGCAUCCUCAGUGUUCCAACGCUUGAAGCCCUGCUGCGUGCGACAGAGGAGUUGAAGCGUAGGAAGAACAAGGUGCCAGGCACAAACGACAACGUGAUCUUUGAAUAUAGAAGACACCGCUACCACGACUUUCUGCAGGCGUGUCCCUGCCUGGCAGACUCCGACGAGCACCCCACAUUGGAAAAGCUCAUCGUUUUGGCGCUCAUUCUUUACUGCUCUGCGAACUUCUGCAAGCAACGCCUUCCCACAACACAUUUCGCAGCUGUGUCCGCACGGGCUACUGUUAAUUUGACGAGGAUAUCCAUGACGUCCACGGAUUAUGAAAAGAAAGCUCUGGUCUGGGUGUUCAUGGUGGUGAUUGAUUCUUGGAGGUCGAGAGGCGGACAAAUGAGAUCGGCGGGUGUGGAUCUGCUAGGGCUCUUCAAGCAGAAAUUUCCAGCAAUGAAAAGCUGGAAGGACAUAGCUAACCUGUUGUCGAGAUUCUUGUGGAGUGAAGACAUGGAAAACUUUCUGAGCAGCUCGUGGCCAGACGCCUGA